CAGAACUUCGUCAGUACCUCGGUGCCCGUUGACUGGUGUCUCCGAAGUGAGAGAGAAAUAGCGUAAAUUCCCGCACUCAGGAAAAGGCAGAGGCAGGAAAUUGAGUUAAAGAUGUUUAAUGUUUCUGAGCAUAAGCAAAACGUGGAAGCCAUGAUUAAAAACAUUAACACAAUUUCUUUGGAGUUGAAGAAGAUGAAAGAGCUCUCCCAGUUACUGCUUUGUGACCUUACUCUACAUUUUAGUCAUCCUGUGAAGAUAGAUGACUUAAAGGAAACAGAAAGAAACAACCCCCCCUUUGAAGAAUCUAAAAUAUCAGAUGUAUCCCUUGCUUCUAACAGUUUUUCUCUUUGAUUUCUUAUUUGUUUGUUGUGAAUUUCUAACUAUAUUUAUUGUUGAAUUAACAAAUACCUGGGAGAAUUGAUUUUACUAAUAUAUUUAAUGUAAUAAAAAACAAAAUAAAAAUAUGUUGAGUUGUAAAUAGUCAUUUCAUAUUCUUGAAGGCUGUUUUAUUAUUGUUUUAAUGUUAAAAAGAUUGGCUAAUUGAUUUCACUAAUGGCAGGAGUAUGACAUAGGAAAUUGGCCAUGGGGCAUUGCUUAUCCUUUACCUUAUGCUUGAAUUUGGCUCAGGUUGAAAGAGAGUUACUAAAUUAUAAAUGGAUAGUAUGAUUUUAUAUUAAUCAGAUCUCUCUUGAUAGCAAGUGCCAAAAACAACUCAAGCUAGCUGAAGCAUUUAUUGGGUCAUGUGACUUGGAAGCCCAUGGUUGGAGUAGAUUUCAGGGACUCCACUAAUUCAUCAGAUGUCUCUAUCCUGGUUCUGUUUCUGUGCAUUGGCCUCAUCUGCUCCUGUUAUAGACUGAUUUCCUCCAAAGGGCAGGUAGAAGAGGGUGGAGGCAUGGCAGCAGACAACUCCAGGUGUACAAAAUUAACUUUGAGGGAGACCAGAGAAAAGAGAGAUCCUCUGUCUCAGCCGCUAUGUUUAACAUUCCGGAGAAAGACCUUGAUUGGCCUAGAUUUGGUUAAGGUGUUUAUCCCUGAGCAGGGUCCUGAGCAACUGUGAUUGGUGAGGCUGGUGUCAUAUGCCAGGUCUGUGGCCAAAGGAGGAGAGACCCUGCCAGAAGAAUGGAGUUGCCAUGGCCUGAAGGAGGGCAGAAAGAAUGCCAUGAAAACGUCAGAUACUCACCACUGACUUCAGUCAGAGCAGUGAAGUAGCCUUUAGUUUUAGGAUAUCUUUAUCCUAAAACUUUCUAAUUUUCAUCCCUUGCCACCAAAGGAGACUUAAAAUAAUAGGCUUUGAUUUGCCUUGUAAACAUAAUUCACUACGAAAUAGUUGCUUUGAAAUCUACCAUGCCCUUCUUUUUAGAUAUUUUUGAACAUAAAAGAAUACCAUGAAGCAAGACACAAGGGCAGCUCACUCCAUAACAGAACCGGUGGUGUUUGCUAUCCUCACUACCCGGCACCCAGCUCAGUGUUUACCACAGAAUAGACAACAAAUGCUUGUUGAAUAUCCUGUUGAAUAAACAUGUAAAUGAAUGCAGGUUUUUCAGCUUUAGAACUGCCAAGUUCUGGACCCUAAAUUGAGAACUUCUGGUUUGUAAGGAUGAAGUUUUGUGAAACAUCCUUUUUAUAUAUCAUUGAUUAAAAUUCUCCACAUACUUGUUGUCUUAGCUAAUUGUCAGUUUUAACUCAGUGACUUCCAAGAUUCCUUCCAAUGUUCUGUUAGCUCAUGAAAAUGAAAAUGCAAGAUAAAACUUAUAGAUUAAGCAGAGAAGCCAACAAUUUUUUUUUUAGAUUUUUUUUUUUGUGAGGAAGAUUAGCCCUGAGUGAACAUUUGUCGCCAAUUCUCCUCUUUUUGCUGAGGAAGACUGGCCUUGGGCUAACAUCCAUGCCCAUCUUCCUCCACUUUAUAUGGGACGCCGCCACAGCAUGGCUUGACAAGCGGUGCGUCGGUGCGCGCUCGGGAUCCGAACCCCGGGCCGCCACAGCAGAGCGUGUGCACUUAACUGCUACGCCACAGGGCCGGCCCCCAAUUUUUGUUAUUAAUAAAAGUUGUAGAAUAACAACCAAGGGCUCAAAAGGGAAAACUUAAAGAACCACUGAAGGCCAGGUUUUUGUUUUUCAAAUGCUUACCACUUUUUAGGUGAGAUAUGUAAACCAAAUGAAAGAGCUGAAUCGCUUUGCAGGAUUUAUAGAGACUUUUGGGAAGGAUGAGGAGAAGGUCUUUAUGACAGAGUUGUCAAGGGGGAUAGAAAGAGAUGGAAGAAAUGUAUCUAAUCAGAAAGUCAGAUGAAAGUUUUCCGUGUAUAUGCAUUGCUCUUUCAUCUUCCCAGGAAGACUUUGGUAAAAUCGACAUCAUUUGACAAUGCUUUUGGAGUAGGGUGGGGGGGUGGAGGAGGUGGGAUGUGGGUGUCAGGAUGUGAGGAACUUAAAUCCAGGUAUAUUUGAUACCACAGCUUCAUCUCUGAAUUUAAAAUGUUUCCUUUUGGUAUUUGUAGCUUAAAU